CCACAAGCAAACGAACAAGGACAACAACAACAAGCAACGCGAGCUCAACAGCCACCACCACACAAUGACUUCACUGUGACGGCAACCGCCGUCAUGGUCGCAUCAUCCCCUCUCCUCACCGCUGCAGCUGCUACCGUUCUUCGAGGUCUGCUUGCGUUGACUGGUCUACCAACUGACAUUGACACAAGCACUGUUUGCCUCAUCGACCACAAACCUCGGCGUGCAUUUUCCCCUUUACCCUGGCUUCUCUGAUCUGAUGCACACGCACACGUCAAAUGGCGGGUGAGUGCCGGGCAACACCAGCAGCACCAGCAGCAGCAGCAGCACCGGCAGCACCAACAGCUGAAAUGCACCCACACCCGCGCUUGCACCCACGCGCGCACUUGCGCCUGCCAUCGCGUUGCGCUGGUGCCAUAGUGGCCAUGACAGUGGUGCUGAUGGUGGCAGUGAUGGCGGGCAGCCGCCACCAGUGCGCGGCUCAGGACUUUAAGCCCAAUUUCUACUGCACAGACAACCCGUGCAAUGACGUGUCGUACGAGGUGUCCGGCGAAACGGGCUGUCCCCACACGGACCACGCUUGCCUGUGCGUGGACGAGGCGUUUGUGGAGGGCUUUCCGGCCGGCUGCGAGUGCAGGGAUGGCCUGACCAGGACGGUGGACACAAGCGGCACAAGCCCGAGCGGAUUCGUGUGUGGGCCAUGCACCGUGUGCGACCACUUCCACUUUAAAGCGUCCCCUUGCAUGCCAGAACAGGACACCGUGUGCGUGAACUGCGCAACCGCGUGUGAGCCCGGAGCAUACGUGGACGCUUGUGGCUCGUCGAGCGUCGCGUGUGAGCCCUGCACCUCAUGCGAGGCACAGUCUCAGUUUGAGGCGACGCCGUGCACGUCAACGUCAGACACCCUCUGCUGUGACGCCUGCGCGGAUGCUGAGCAGUUUGUCGCGGAACCGUGCACGAGAACAACAGCGGCCACCUGCACUGCGUGCACGCGGUGCGUGGAUGGGCUUGAGUUUGAGCUGUGUGCAUGCGGCCUCACCACGGACCGUGUGUGCCAGGCAUGCACAACGACAUGCGCUGGUCCGCACGAGCACGUUGUGACGCCUUGCAUCACCACAUCUGACGCUCAAUGCGGCUGCCUUCCCGGCUACUUUGAGUCAGUCCCAGAGACACCAACCUCCCCGCGAGAAUGCAUCCCUUGCCCACAGGGAACCACCGACCACGACCGAGAUGGCACCACCGCCUGCAUGGCGUGCCCGUUUGCCAUCACCAACACCACCGCCAACACGGGGUCCUGCGAGGAGCUGCAGUGUGCCCCGGGCACGUCGGGAUCCCAGAGCUGCCAGCCGUGUGCGCCACCCUCACACUACCAGCCGCUUGGUGGCCAGACCAUGUGCCUCAACACAACAUUGUGCCGCCCGGGCUUUGUCGAGGAGCAGCCGCCAACGCCGACAAUCGACCGCGUUUGUGUCGCGUGUGGACAUGGCACGUUCAGCAACGUCACCGCGGAUGGUGCAGGGUCGUGUGUCAACUGGCGCACGUGUGCCGUGCUGACCGAGCAAUAUAUCUUGGGCGACGGCACAAGCAGCACUGAUCGCGUGUGCGCCGCUUUGACGCCGUGUACACCGUCUCAGUUUGAACAGCAACCGCCGACCCUGUUUCAUGAUCGUGUGUGUGCAAACAUAUCUGUACCCUGUGACGUCGGCAGCACCGAGUAUGAGGCUGCGCAAUCCACUGCCACCAGCGACCGCGUUUGUCGCCAAAUCCGCCAUUGCAACGUUACGCAAUUCGAAUUGGCUUCGCCAACCUCCACUUCAAACAGGCAAUGUCAGGCUUGCAGGGCGUGUGCAGGGGAUGAAGUCGAAGUUCGACCAUGUACAUUGACACAAGACCGCGCAUGUGAAGAGCUGCGCAUUGUGCUGCUUCGACCGGACAACGGAUCCACAAUUCCAUCCAACCGCUUUGUCGUGGAGGCAAAUGCAAACGGCCAAUUCGUGCCCCCUGUAGGACAGCUGCAGCCAUCGCUUCCGCCAAACACCAGCAUUGUCUUUGUGCAACCUGCCACGUCAACCACCAACAGCAUCUCCAUCGCGUUCCCAUCGGCCGACCAGACCAUUGCGUACGCCGUAAUGCGCGAUGGAGUGACAGUGGUGCAACGCACCGUCAUCAUCGUCGUCGUGGACACCACGCCACCUUUCUUCGUGUUCACACCGCCCGCGCUGAUGCUGGAGGCCGCCACCCUCCCUCGUCCGGCCACUCUCGUGUCAAACAUUGCUGUUCACGACGCGGUUGAUGGCGACAUCACCCCACUGCCCACGGCGAUACACGUGGACACCUCCGGCGUGGUGCUGGACGAGCCUGGCCAGUACUCUGCUCUGUACUGGUCGGAUGUGACCGAUGCAGCAGGCAACGCCCUCCCGCCAACACCGCGCACUGUCAUCGUCGCCGACACAACGCCGCCAGUCCUCGCUGCUGUGUUCGCUGAUGCACCAUUUGCGUGGAACACGACGGUGAUGCACGAGGGGGCAACCCCGUUUCCAUAUCCGACUGUCACUGCCGCCGACGCCCUCGAUGGCGCCAUCCCACCAGCCAGCAUCAGCCGCACAGACACUCCAGUGGCUGUGGCUGCUGCUGGCCCCGCCGGUGCGAGUGUUCGCGUCAGCUACAGCGUUCGCGAUGCUGCCGGCAACACUGCCAUUGAAGGCUUUACUGUCGUCAUCGUCGACACGACACCGCCCGUGAUCGAGACGCCACGGACUGGUCAACGCGUGCAUGUGCUGUUUGGCAGCGACGCGGUACGGCGUGUGCGCGUGGACAUCCGUGUCGUUGAUGCUGUGGACGGUGACGUGUCGUCACUCGCCGUCGUUGUGCUGCCGACCUCACCUCCCAUCGACACGCACGUGCCCGGUGCGCAUCCGGUUCGCAUACGCGCACGCGACAACAGCGGGAACACGCAAGCUGUUGGCAUCACGCUUGUGAUUGACCCGCUGGUGCCUCCGGCGAGGAAGCGGCGGGUGCUGGCGGUGGCGGUGGAGACGCGUCCACGCGCGCCAUUGCAGAUGUUGGAGCGUGAGCUCGAGCAGACGUUGGAACUCAACGCCAACACCGCCGUCAUCCUUUCAGCCACAGAUCCCGCCACCACCACCACCACCACCAGCAGCGAUAUCAGUGACGCAAGCAGCAGCAGCGGCGGUAAGACUGCCUUUCCUGCGGGAUCGGUGCUCUUUGAAGUUGGCGUUCGCAUGAAUGCAAUGUCGGCGGCAUGGCGGGAUUUGCAGUUCCUUCGAGACUGCCUGCGCAACCUCCACACCCUCAACGGCACAUGUGUGCUCUUCAGCCGCGUGGGAAACAUGACCACUUACCCGUACCAGCCACCCUCCUCAUCAUCGUCAUCGUCGUCGUCACAGUCCGCUGCGGUGAUUGCUGGCGCAGCUGGAGCUGUGGCCUUCGUUUGCAUCGUGACCGCCGUUGUUAUCGUUCUUCGUCGACGCAUGGCUGGUGCCAAAUCAACGGUGCACACAUUGCCCCCAUCACCAACAGCAGCAGCGACGACAACUACACCAACAGCAGCGGAAGGGGUGGUGGGAUCGAGCGUUUGCCGUUUGCAGCGAAACCCGGCGUAUGAAGAGUCGCCCAUCACUAUGAACUUCAACCCGCUGCACAUGCCAACACACGUGAUGGGACAAGAAGCCAUGAUCGAUGAAUCAAGCUCAGAUGCAGAAUCACACUACAACACACUUCGAUUACGCACUCGCACGCACACCGCGAAGACCAACAGCGUCCACUAUGACACACUCGGUGCCAGUCACACCAUCGCCGGGAACUGCGCUGAUGACGACGAGGAUGGAAACUAUAUCGAGGUUUCACAGGGAGUUGAAGGCGACGACAAAGCAGAGGAAGUCGUGGGCUUCGCAAUACCCGGCACUGCCGAUGUGAACCAAGAGCAGCCGGUGUACACGGAUAUGACACCUGCGUCGCUGUCUGGGCUGGACGCUGCUGGCGAAUAUGUUGUUCCAGGCAUGCACCGCACCAAAACACUUGUCGUGGUAGUGGAGUGAUGAUGGAUGGAAGCGGUGUUGCGGGUGGGGAAGGCGUAUCACUCCAGCCACAGUUUUUUUUUUUUUUUCGCACGCACGCACGCUCUCAUUUCCCGUCAUAUGACAUCUCAAACAGCGCGCGGAGACACAGAAGAGACGGUUUAUGCCACUGCACAUACACCAACAGUGACGUCCACCAAUGUCUCUGGCGUGUGCAUCCUCGACAACACGGCCCGCUAUCAUGCGACAAAACACGAUGGAGG